CAUAAUCCUUUGGCAGUGAAAUGGGUCAGUGUUCUUACGGGAGAAGAAGAAUGCAGUGUUUAAGAAAUAAACAGCAUAGCUGUACUUUGUAAUAGCUGGACAGUCCUGCUUUCCUGGAGAGUAACACAGAGUUUAACUAUGGGCUUAUAUGCCUUGUCUUUUGUCCUCACAGUCUAUCCUCUGAACACAGCUCUGUAAAGUGGAACAUUUCUGCUGUCUUCUUUAAAAUAAUCUGUAAUUCCUUGACCAUAAUGCAAAAGGAGGCACCCAUCUGUUUGUUCAGGGUUUUUUAUUUCUCUCUUUCACAAAUGCCCUUGUUUGUGUUAACUAGCGAAUCUGAUCAUCCAGCUCAGAGGAGAGUUACACAACUGCAAACCUCCUGAGACUUCAGUCAAAUAGCAAAUCUUGCUUAAUACCCCCUCGUUUGCUUCUUGCUUCAGAUUAGCAGCUCCUUUGGCAUUACAGCUGUGCUCUACUUUUACAUAUAAACCAGAAUAAACCACAAAAGGAAUGUUAAACACAAAAGCUGUGUUCUUUCCACCUUGCAGGACUUCGUGAAAUGAGCCUGGCUGUAUUAAACAUGACAUAAAACUCCCACAGGGAGCAUUAGUCUGAGUGAUUCAUAUAAACACUUAAAGUAGUCAGUCUUGGUUGAGCUUCCUAGUCAAAUAAGGUGGGUAAUGGUACGCAACCCGCAGAGCCCCUCUCCUUUGGAGAGCACUGCUGAUAGAAACCUCACUGGCAGUUAUCCUCACUGGGAAGCAGCAGGAUAAGUAUUGGGUAACAACAGACAACCUGGGCUUUGGGUAACUGUCACACAAGGAAUUGCAAGUAUCUUUUCUGUGAACUGCCUAGUGCUGUGAGACAUUCUUCAUCCGCAGCCCUGGCGUGGGCCAUCUGAGGAGGAAAAUCUCAUCAGCCUCUAGAGAUGCAGCCAGGUUUAUGAUCACUUUCUUUUGCAGUUGACUUUUAAGGGAGAUAAUCUUAUCAGGAGGAGGUCUGGAGGGAAGGCAAGUUACAGGUGAUAAAAAGUGAGUGUGAUGAUGCCCUGGUUGCUGCUCCUUCUGCUGGUCAGCUUUGGCUCACCCGCACCCAGGUUUUCGGAAAAAGAUAUCUGCUUCCUAGACAACAAUAAAUUAAGGCAAAGGUCAAAACAGCUUCAAGACUUGCUUUUCUUAUAUGAACUACAACUGAAGGACAUCCUGGAGAACACUUACCAUAGAACAAGCAGUGGGCUGUUCUCAGGCAACAGGAGCAUGCAGCAUCAGACGCUUUUACCCACAACCAGUGGAAAUUUGAUAGUCUACGACCAAGAUUGCUCUGCCGUGUAUGAUCGGAAGAACACCAAAAACGGCUACUACCGGAUCAGGCCCAGGGCAGACCGAGAGCCGUUCCUGGUGUACUGUGACAUGUCCGAUGGCGGGGGCUGGACCGUCAUCCAGCGGCGCAGUAAUGGCAAAGAGAACUUCAACAGGAAAUGGGAUGAUUACAAACUGGGAUUUGGGAAAUUCCAGGGCAGGAAUGACGAAUACUGGCUGGGCAAUGACCACAUCUAUGACCUGCUCACUAGAGGAGAGAGCUCAUUAAAGAUUGACCUGAUGGACUGGCAUGGGGAAAGACGUUAUGCAGUCUAUGAAAAUUUCCAGCUUGCAAAUGAGCAGGACAACUACAGGUUAUGGUUUGGCACCUACUCUGGUAACGCUGGUGAUGCUCUGUCUGGGGGCAGCAAUUUUGAAGAUCAGUGGUCAGCUUCACACAGAGGGAUGCAGUUCACCACAUCUGACAAGGAUCAUGAUCGAUUCCUGGCAGGCAACUGUGCAUCUGAGAACAAGGGCGGCUGGUGGUUUAACAGGUGCCAUGCUGUGAACCUCAAUGGCCGGUACUACAGAACAGGAAGGUACAAUGGAUCCCAUGAUGAUGGCUUGGUUUGGUCUACGUGGCAUGGGGUGUGGUACUCACUAAAAUACUCUGCCAUGAAAAUCAGGGCUCCAUUCUUUGUUGACAGCGAGAGUGGAGAUGGUGAGAACAGCCAGGGCAGCUGAAACCUGCUGCUUUGGAAAGGAAAGAAGUACAGGCUGAAGGGAAUUGUACAAGUUAACAGCCAGCCCUCUGCUCCUGCCAACCGCCAAACCUGCACUGUGAGAACUGGAGUUGCUGAAGCUAACAUUGUGAGUUGUUUGAGCACAGCCAGACAAUAAUUUGACAGAAAACAUACGGAUCUAGUCAUGGACUAAAUGCAGCAAUUUUCAGCACUCAUUGGAGAGUGUUUUAGAAAAGCUCCCUGGACCUUGAAUGAUUAAGAAUGUUCUUUUAGCUAUCUGUACUCCUGAAGGGCCCAAUCCUUCUCAUCCUGAUUUUAACCACCAGUGCUUCAGUUACGAGAACAUAACAAACAACAAGGUGAUAGGGAACUGAACUUCAUCUGGUCUACCUACAUUAGUGGAUCAGGAGUUUCAACAGCUGUGUCUAUGGUCCCCAAAUGCCACACUUCAGUUGCAGAACACUCCCGGAGAGUGUGAAGCCAAGGCAGUGACAUGCUACAACUGCUAAUGUGAAUCCAGACUAAGGCUACUUCAAAGGAAAUCCCCACAACACAGAUAGUGUGGGUGCUGGGUUUGGUUGCCAAGUGCUUUGCGCUGCAGAUCCACUUCUGCAGCACACCGCAACAUAUUAAUGCAAAGACAAUGCUGCCAAUCAGAUUUAAGCCCCAGAUUAAAAUGAGGCAGAUUUUGCUGAAUUUAAGAUAAGCAUAGACACUCUCAGGAGUUCAUAAAACACAGUCACGAUUCAUUUGUAUGUUCUCAUGCAAUUUACCACUAACUUUGAGUUAAUGAAGGGGAAUGUGAAA